AUGUUAGGAAAUAACCACAUGUGGCUGCACAGCAUUAAACAGAAAGUUACAUCAAACCUCGCCUCUUCUGCAGCCUGCAGCAGCCGCAGCCAUGACGUCAACAAACCACAACCCUGUCACAUCACCAGACCACAAUCCGGUCACAUCACCACCCACAACCCGGUCACAUCACCACUCCACAACCCGGUCACAUCACCAGACCACAACCCUAUCACAUCACCAGACCACAACCCGGUCACAUCACCACACCACAAUCCGGUCACAUCACCACACCACAACCCGGUCACAUCACAAGACCACAACCCUAUCAGAUCACCACACCACAAUCCGGUCACAUCACCACACCACAAUCCGGUCACAUCACCACACCACAACCCGGUCACAUCACCACACCCAACACUUGUCACAUCAUCAGACCACAACCCUGUCACAUCACCAGACAACAACCCUGUCACAUCACCAGACCACAACCCUGUCACAUCACCACACCCAACACUUGUCACAUCACCAGACCACAACCCGGUCACAUCACCAGACCACAACCCCGUCACAUCACCAGACCACAACCCUGUCACAUCACCACUCCACAACCCUGUCACAUCACCAGACCACAGCCCUGUCACAUCACCAGACAACAACCCUGUCACAUCACCAGACCACAACCCUGUCACAUCACCAGACCACAACACUUGUCAUAUCACCAGACCAUAG